AUGUGGUCUCUUGCCAUCAUCCUGGAUUUCCUUGCCGCGAGCUAUAAAGUGGCUGGGCGAUGGAUCAAGUACCGACGUGAACCAUUUCCUCUGGGCGGGAACGGUCCGCGAGCUCCAGCACAUCACCACGUCGCGCCUGACUUGCCGACUCACACCAUCUUUUCGCCGGCGAACCUGUCUCCCGGUGAGAAGCUGCCUCUGCUGGUAUGGGCCAAUGGCUUUGGCCUGUCAUGGGGUCUCAUGUUUGGCGACUUUCUGCGCGAGAUUGCGUCGCACGGAUACAUUGUCAUUGCCAAUGGUACACCGACUGGCCUGGGGAUGACGGAUGAGACGGGACAGCUGCAGGCAAUCCGCUGGGCUACCCAGACUUCAGUAUCCGGCGACGACGUGAAAGACAUUCGGGACCACAUAGACGGCGCCAAGAUUGCGCUGGCGGGCCAGAGUAAAGGUGCAAUUCACACGUAUAUUGCUGCCAGCACCUUGCGUGAUAACCCGGCGGUCAAGAGCCUUGGCAUCUUCAACUCGGGUCUCAUGCGCCGCCGUACCCGGGAUCUGGCGCUCGUCAGUGGUCUGGCGGCCUCGGUGUACUAUUUCGUCGGCGACGAGAGGGAUGUGCUUUUCAAGAAUGCGGGUCGCGACUGGAAGCUGAUACCCAAGGGCAUUCCAGCGUAUUUUGCCAGCUUGCCCACGGGACACUUGGGUACCUUUUAUGAAGAGUCGGGAGGCUUGUUUGCCAUGGCUACUGUCAACUGGCUGGAUUUUGAGCUCAAAGGUGACGAGUCGAGUAAACAAAAGCUGCUACAAGCUGGGGACGGAUGGAAAAUACAGUCUCGAAAUCUAUGA